AGAGUCAGCUCGGCCGUGCUGAAGGCCGCGGCCCACCACUACGGCGCGCAGUGCGACCGCCCCAACAAGGAGUUCAUGCUCUGCCGCUGGGAGGAGAAGGACCCGCGGAGGUGCCUGCGGGAGGGCCGGCAGGUCAACCAGUGCGCCCUCGACUUCUUCAGGAAGAUUAAGAUGCACUGUGCAGAGCCAUUUACUGAGUACUGGACGUGCAUUGACUAUACCAACUUGCAGGAGCUCCGUCGAUGCCGAAAGCAGCAGGCAGUAUUUGAUAACUGUGUGCUAGAGAAGUUGGGUUGGGUGAGACCUGAUCUGGGAGAGCUCUCUAAGGUUACGAAAGUGAAGACAGAUCGUCCUAUGCCUGAGAAUGCCUAUCACUCUAGACCUAGACCAGAGCCAAAUCCGCCCAUUGAAGGAGAGCUGAAGCCUUCUCCGUUUGGCAGUAGGCUCUUUUUCUGGUCCUGGUAAAGUGGACAGGCUGUGCUGUAACUAAAGUGCAAAGAUGUUACUGCUUGCAAAUGUAAAUUGUCCAGUAUGUGUUGGGUAUAACUUUAAUCAUUAAAGAACCCCAAACCGUUA